UUUUUUUUCAACUACAUUCGGCAAAUAAAUCUAACGUGCUUGUAAAAAAUAAUACUUUUACGAGUAAUAUCUAAUUUUAUAGAAUAAAAUUGUAUAAAUUUUGUAAAAUCAUCGAUUAUCCUUAUUAUUUAGUUGUGUAUAAUCAGUGUAAAGUAAUCCUCAAGAUUUUAAUUCAGUCAAAAUGCAACCUCAAAUUCUAUUGUUGAAAGAAGGUACCGAGGAUUCUCAGGGUAAACCUCAACUAGUAUCCAAUAUAAAUGCCUGUCAAACAGUAGCUGAAGCAGUACGUACUACGUUAGGACCCCGUGGUAUGGAUAAAUUAAUCGUCGGCAGAAAUGGACGAACGACCAUCUCUAACGACGGUGCCACAAUCAUGAAAUUAUUGGAUAUUGUACAUCCAGCUGCCAAAACUCUCGUCGAUAUUGCUAAAUCUCAAGACGCUGAGGUGGGCGAUGGAACUACCAGCGUUGUUUUAUUGGCUAGUGAAUUCUUGAAACAAGAAAAAUGCUACGUUGAAGAAGGCGUGCAUCCGAGAUAUAUCGUUAAAGCCAUCAGAAAAGCAAUCUACAUCAUUGUGAAGCGAAUUGAUGAAUUAGCUCCCAAGAUCGACAAAGGUCAAGAAGCUGAGUAUCGUUCUUUACUUGAAAAGUGCGCAGCUACUGCCUUGAGCUCUAAACUAAUUCACCAACAGAAAGACUUUUUCGCUAAAAUGGUCGUCGACGCUGUUCUAAUGUUGGAUGAUUUAUUGCCUUUGAAUAUGAUCGGUAUUAAACAAGUUCAAGGAGGUGCUCUAGAAGAUUCUGUUUUAGUCGAUGGUGUAGCUUUCAAGAAAACUUUCUCUUAUGCCGGUUUCGAGAUGCAACCCAAAAAUUACUUAAAUCCCAAAAUUGCUUUACUUAACGUCGAAUUGGAAUUGAAAGCUGAACGUGAUAACGCUGAAAUCCGAGUAGAUUCAGCCAAAGAAUACCAGAAAAUCGUCGACGCUGAAUGGCAAAUACUGUACAAUAAAUUGGAACUAAUACACAAAAGCGGAGCUCAAGUCGUUCUUUCGAAACUUCCCAUCGGAGAUGUAGCUACUCAGUAUUUUGCUGACCGAGACAUGUUUUGCGCUGGUCGCGUUCCCGAUGAAGAUUUAAAACGAACAUUGAAAGCAUGCGGAGGUGCUGUAUUAACCACCGUUCACGAUUUAAGUGACGCUGUUUUAGGAACUUGCGCUACAUUCGAAGAAAAGCAAGUUGGAAGUGAAAGAUUCAACUUCUUCAAAGGUUGUCCUAAUGCUAAAACUUGCACCAUCAUUUUACGAGGUGGAGCUGAACAGUUUCUCGAAGAAACCGAACGGUCUCUUCACGAUGCUAUUAUGAUCGUGAGAAGAAUGAUUAAAAACGAUUCGGUCGUAGCUGGCGGUGGUGCGAUUGAAAUGCAACUUAGCAAAACUUUGAGAGAUUACUCACGUACCGUUGCCGGUAAAGAACAACUGUUGAUCGGUGCUAUCGCUAAAGCUUUGGAAAUCAUUCCCAGACAACUAUGUGAUAACGCCGGUUUCGAUGCUACGAAUAUUUUGAACAAAUUGAGGCAAAAACACGCCACGGGAGAUUGUUGGUACGGUGUCGAUGUUACUAAAGAAGAUAUUUCCGAUAAUUUCGCCAAAUGCGUCUGGGAACCGGCCAUUGUCAAGAAGAAUGCUCUAGUAGCUGCUUGUGAAGCUGCCUGUCUUGUUUUAUCUGUAGACGAAACGAUAAAAAAUCCUAAAUCGCAGAAGAGUGACGGAGGUGCUCCAAACAUGAUGGGUAGAGGUAGAGGCGGUAGGCCUAUGUAAAAAAAUAUUCGUUUUUCAAUUUUUUUUUUCUUCGUAACGUUUAUUGAUCUUAACGUUUAUUUGCAUCGGAUUUUUUGUCGUCACCUAACUUAUAUUACUUCAUUUUUUUCGUUGCUACCGGUUCCAUUUUGUAAUUGUUUUUCUAAUUUAAAGUCUUUAAGCCGUUUACUAAAUUUUGGAACAAUAUUACAACGUGUAACGUAUUUAUUUUAUUUUAUUAAAAUUUUUGUAACUUGAUGAAAGAA